AGCAGCAGGUGUGACACUCACAAACUGUUAGAAAAUUUCAAAUUAUUUGGCAAUUAUUCCUCCUGGCGACGCCGUGGAUGUGUAGUGCCAAAAAACAAAAAAUGUCUCUGCAGUUUUCCUGGUGGCGCGCCUGUUCCUCGCCUUCAGCGCCAGGAUCGUGGAGCGUUUGCGUGCUGCUGGCUUUCCAGCACUUCCAACUAUUUGCUGGAUUUUAACAGAGGAAAGUAACCCGUGAACGAUCAAAUCUGUUUUUACGAACAAACGUCACUUGUUCUCAGAAGCAUUAUUUAAGAACGCAAAGGAAACUUUCGUUUUUCGGUGGAUGCGCACUUGGGCACAGCAACAUCCUGAGAAGAAACGCGGAGAUGCCCCACAGAGUCCACGUUCUGCUACUACUGCUGCUGUCGCUGUGUCGGCCGGCAGCAGCGACCCGGGUCAGAAAGAAGACCGUCAGGACGCGGUCCUGCCUGGACAUGCCGGAGGAGAAGUUGGAGGAGAUUUUUGGACGGCUCUCGGUGGGAGUGAUGAGCGCUUUCCAUCACGCUCUGCAGCUGGAGCCGCAGGACAAACUUAACCUCACCUGCCCCACCACUGCACGGGUCCCGACCGACGGCAAGACCCGCCUCCCGGUCAACCUGCUCAGCAUCUCCCCCUGGGCCUACAGGAUCUCAUACGACCCAAAGAGAUAUCCCCGCUACAUCCCCGAGGCCUACUGCCUGUGCAAGGGCUGCCUGAUCGGACCGUACGGCGAGGAGAGCAGUCAGUAUCGCAGCACCCUGGUCUACGCUCCCUCCGUCAUCCUGAGGAGAACAGGCUCCUGCGUCGGCGGCCGCCACUCUUACACCGAGAUCUACGUCUCCAUAGCCGUGGGAUGCACCUGUGUGCCGCUGCUGGAGAAGAGGCCGAAGAAGAGCAACCAGAGCCUGCAGAGGAGAGAGCCUAAAGCCAGGAAGCACUUUACUCCAAGAAAGGAAGCAUGACGGAAGCAGCACUGCUGCUGCAGAGAAGUUUUCUUUUGUUUGAAUCAGCUGAUUCGCUCGUGCUAGAACAUUUGAAACAGUUUAAGGGAUUAUGUCUGAAACGGAAGCCUCUGGAAAUGUCACUUAAA